AUAUGGCUGCUGCUGUUAAUGGCUUUGAGUGCAUUUAUAAAAUGAAUCAGUUGUGUAGACGAGUAUUUUAAAAUAUUUAUAAAAGAGCAUCACAUUUUUAAGAUGAAUAAAUUACGUUGGUUAACUCAAACAACUUAUUGUACCACAUACUUUAUUUUUAAAUGUAAUCUUCAAUUAAGAAAAAAUUAAAUAUUUGGCUACUCCAGUCAGUUCAUACAUUACUAGUUCAAGUUCGACUGACUGCAAUGAACUAUUUUGUUUAACAUAUUAUCAAUGUAAAGACCCAACUUGAUUUUAGUUUAGUCAGUUUGUUGUUUUAAAAUAUAAAUAAUUUUAUUUGUGUGUAAUGUUAACUGCAUAUGAGCUGGCAAGUUGCAGUAAAUCAGAGCGAAAAUGCGCAUCUGCAUGGUAUCGGACUUCUUCUACCCAAGCAUUGGCGGCGUCGAAGAACAUGUUUACAAUCUCUCCCAAAUGCUGCUCGCAUUGGGUCACAAGGUUGUUGUUCUGACGCACGCUUACGGGGAUUGCAGCGGCAUUCGACACAUAACGAAUGGCCUGAAGGUUUAUUACCUGCCCAUAAAGGUGUGCUACAAUCAGUGCAUCCUGCCCACUGCCGUCUGCAAUGUGCCUAUGCUGCGCGCUGUGCUGCUGCGCGAGCAAGUUGACGUAGUCCAUGGCCAUUCGGCGUUUAGCGCCCUGGCUCACGAGGCUUUAAUGGUGGGCGCGCUGCUCGGACUGAAGACUGUCUUCACGGAUCACAGCUUGUUUGGCUUUGCUGAUCUCUCUGCUGCCUUAACGAACAAACUCUUGGAAAUCACCUUGAGUAUGGUGAAUCAUGCCAUCUGCGUCUCGCACAUCGGCAAGGAGAACACCGUGCUGCGUGCCUGUGUUGCGAAGCAUCGCGUCUCUGUCAUACCCAAUGCCGUGGACACGGCGCUCUUCACCCCCGAUCCUUCACAGAGACCCGACAACGGGGUCAUAAACAUCGUCGUUGCCUCGCGCUUGGUCUACCGCAAGGGCAUCGAUCUGCUGGCAGGGGUGAUUCCCCGCUUUAAGAAUAGCCCUAAUAUAAACUUUAUAAUUGUCGGGGAUGGCCCGAAGCGAGAUCUUCUGGAGGAGAUUCGCGAGAAGACGAAUAUGCAAGACCGGGUCGAAAUCCUAGGCGCUGUGGAGCAUGCCAAGGUUCGAGACGUCCUUGUGCGUGGUCACAUCUUUGUCAACACCUCCUUGACGGAGGCAUAUUGCAUGGCCAUAGUGGAGGCCGCUAGCUGUGGCCUACAAGUGGUGUCCACUAGUGUGGGUGGAAUUCCCGAGGUGCUGCCCAAUAGCCUAAUACUGCUUGCCGAGCCAGACAUAGAGGCCAUCUAUGCGGCGAUAUUGGUGGCCAUAGAUCGACAUCGCAGCAUUUGCAAGCCGGCUGCAAGAGAGGACGGCAGUAGCAGGCCAAGACGUAAGAGGAAAAAGAAAGGCUCAGGUGGAGGACAAGCGAAUGGAGCUGCGAUAGGUGCUAUAGCAGUGGAAGCAGGCGCUGCAGGCGGUGGAGAUGCGAGAAAAGCAGGUGCAGCAAUAGUUGGCGAUUAUGCAGGAGCAGCUGCUAGAUUAGCAGGGGUAGCAGGAAACGACUCUACAGGAGCAAUAGGAGGGGCAGUGGCAUCAACUGCCAAACAGGCGGAGCCUGUUCUCUGUCCGCACAGAUGCAACGAGCUGGUGGAAACUCUUUACAACUGGGAGGACGUUGCCCAGCGCACAGUCAAGGUCUACGAUCGCGUGCUAAAGGAACGAGCCUUUACGCUCAGCGAACUGAUCUAUUCGGUGUAUCAGUGUGGAGCCUGGUUUUUGGCAUUCCUAGUCGUUGCCCACUUUACGUUGCGCCUGAUGGAUCGCUGGCGGCCACGCAGUCGCAUUGAGGCUGCCCACGAGGCCAGACGGAAGCCUAGCUAAUGCUACAUACAUGUGUUCCAAUAGAACUUCCACUUUAUUGUUAGUAUUGGUUAUAAUAUAAUAGAUAAUUUGUCAAUUAGUUCAAAUAUACCAAGGUGUUCGCUAUAACAGUUUCUGAUAAGAUAUGGAUUCGUUUUUAACCGAUUAAAGUUACAGUGCUGUAAAUAACAUAUUUUUUUCAAUAGAAUUAAAGAGCGCUAGGUUUUGAAAUGAUCUAGUAGUUUUCUGUUAAUAAGCGUAAUUGUAUCAUUAAUUUCGAUUAAAGUAUUAAUAUCAAAUAU